AUGAGCAAGGUUCUGCCAGAUGAGUUGAUCCCAGUCAUUGACAUAUCCGAUUCUGAAGACCCUGAGGUAAUAAAGUCAGUAUGUGAUGCAACCGAUAAAUUGGGACUUUUUCAAAUAGUUAAACAUGGUGUACCACUUAGCAUAAUUGAGGGUGUUAAAGACGCAACACAUAAGUUUUUCGGGUUGUCAAGCGAAGAGAAAAAGAAAUACUUGUCCCAGAAUACUCCUUUAAAAAAUGUUAGAUAUGUUACAAGUUUCAGUCCUGAAGUUGACAAAGCUUAUGAGUGGAAAGAUCACCUAAGUUGUUUCUAUGUUUCUGAUGAAGAAACCUUGGAACUUUGGCCAUCUAUUUGCAAGCAUGAAGCUCUUCAAUACUUGAAGACGUGUGAUUCACUAUUGGAGAAAGCACUAGAAAGGAGUGGAAAUGACUUAGAUUCUGCCAUCAAGAGUCUCAAUGAACUCUGUCUUGGAUAUGUGGAUGGGAUCUCACGUUUACCCGUGCAAUCAAAUGUAGUAACUGAAAAAGAGGAAUCCAUCGCUCAACGGCGUUCAUGGGGCGAAAACCUGACAUACUACACCAGCAUCGGUUACCUCAACGGCGCAGUAGUUGGCAACGGGAAGGGUUUAUUAGAGCGCGUGAAGGCUUCUGAGGCUAGAGACACCAUGAAACUUAGGGUUAAUCGAAGAAGGGAGGAAGUUCUAGAAUUUCCUAAAAAUGAAACAGAUUUGGGUGUUGUGGAGGAGCCACCGGUGGUGGCAAGUGAAGUUGAAGCAUCCAAGGAUAAUAGUGAACUAAAAGUUGAGCUAGUGAUGAAGGAGGCCGACGGUUGGACUUUAAAUGUUAAAAUUAAAAUGGAAAAGGAUCCAACUCUCAGUGCAAUAGCAGGAUUGAAGAUGAACAUAAGCUCUUAUUUGAAUGCUGAGAUCGUUCCUGGUGUAUAUUUUGAUGAAAAACCACCAUUUGUGGUGGAACUUUAUGGAUCUCUUCCUUUCUACAUGCUCGAUGCAUAUGAGGAGUUUUUGUGGAUCUAA